ACACACAUACACACACAUACACACACAACACACACACCCAACACACACACACACCCAACAUACACACACCCAGCACACACACACACACCCUGCGUCUUCACGCCAGCCGUGAACGUGCGAGCCUCGUGUGUGUAACAAUCCCCUACCCCCGUCAACAUGGCGAGGAGCUCUGCUACCUGGAGCGAGGUGCCCCGGAGGUAAAUCGACGACACCUCGUGAUCUUAUCGUCCUUUCCCGUCAAGGCGUCUUACAGAUAGCACCACCGUCUCUAGACCGGCCGAGGAUGAGCUGGGAGACCCUGAACCAGCCCACUGCUUUUUCGCUUCUUCACCCCCUGAUUCUCCUCCUCCGCCUCCUCUUCGGAGCCUCCUCAAUAUCACCUGGAGGAGAUCUUUCUUUGGUCGUGUGGGACAUUGGCAAAGUCGAAAAGGGUUCAAACUUCUACUGAAAACUUCCACUGGGGUGGGGGGGGCGGGCGGCGGAAUGGCUUGCACGGUGUCCACCCCGGUGCUGGAGGCGAGUAGGGACUUCCCAGCAUGGCUGGAGGCACAGGGCGUGAACGCGGAGGUGGCCCGGGCCAUGGACUCUGAGCUGGGCAUCCGGGACUACGGGGUCCUGCGCGCCUGCGUCGGGGAUGGACUCGUGCGGGCCGAGCUGCUGGCCGCGGCGCGCGAUCGCCUGCCCUUCGGCUUCUACGCCGUGCUGCGGCAGGUGGUGAAGGCCCUGCAGGGUGCCGAGCCCCACGACGCUGGGACACCAUCUAUGGAGGCAUUCCAGGGUGUGGACGCUGUGCUGAGCAGCCUCGUGGAUGUGCUGGUCAUGCUGUUCAGCGGCCUGAGCCGCGAGCUGUCACUGUCAGUGCAUCGUCUUGGUGCCAUGGAAGGAUCCGUGGGCAACGAGGGAAGCACCAUUCCCACCAGGGUCAUCCGAUUUGGGCACAGGUGCAGUGAAGAGCAACAGCAACAGCAGCUUCAACCACAACAGCCGGUGCAGCAGGAAGGACUGGCGAUACAGACCAACCAAUCCGCUGCUGGCACAGCAGAGCCUCCCCUGGCGCGUUUGCCCAUGGAGCCGAGCGUGGCCUUGGACCUGUGUGGCCACUACUCGCCAAUCUCGUCGGCGACGUCUGAUCAUGGCAUCACGACUGACGACUCCUCCCGGCUGGAGGAGGUGGUGGAUGAUUCUGUGGAGAGAGAGCCGCACACAUGUGCUGGAGAAGCCUCCGGGUUGUUGCAGGAAGUUGAGGAGGAGCUGGACCAACCCGAGCCACAGAAUCUAGGACCUCUGGCAGAAGGCCACGCCACCAGCUACGAUGUCCCUGAGCGGGAGGGCAUAGAAGCCGUGACCAGUUUGCCGCUGUCCGCCACUGCUGCAGCCGGCGCGCACGGCGCCGUGCAGGAACCGCGGGAUGCCACCAGCACUUGCGAGGAGGAACUGACCUUUGCGGAGGAGGAUUCCAUCGGCGGUUCACGGGAAGGGGCGGUUGCGGGGGUUUCGCCUACCCUCGUCGUUGCCACCACCGCCAACCCCAAGAUGGAGACAAUGGACGCAGCCGCCAGCGAGGGAACCGAGGAACUGGGGGACCCGCUGGUGAGGCCCACCACCAGCGCAUCUUGCCGUGAGCCGGACGAGCAGUUGUCCGGCAUAGAGGAGUCUCAGAUCGAUGAAGAACUUCCGCAGAUGGAGAAGCAAUUGCCUGCCCCCGAUACAAACAAUAGCAGCAGCAACAGCAGUUGGGAGGAUCUGGUGGCCGUGGCAGUCAAUCUUGCCAUCGGAACGAACCUCACCGACUGGAAGGAACAAGUAGCCGAGGCGGAAACAACACCUGCCAUGGGCGCGCGCAAGACACCGGAGGCUCCCGCGUGCGGAUUCCAGGAGGAGUCUGCAACCGUGGCGAGCAAAUCUACCAUCGACGUCAAUGACCCGAGGUGGGAUGAAGAUUGUCCCAUAGCAGUCGUGCCUGCCAUCGUUCCAAACCAGCCUGGGAGGAGGAAGGAGUCGGGGGCUGCGGGAGACGCGCCUGCCAUCGGCACACGUGGCUCCGUCUUGGUGGAGUGUGCACCUGGCAUGGGCUCCCACCACGGGGAGGAGGUUCAGGAAGUUGCCAUUGACCUCGUGAUCGGAUCACGCCACUCCAAGCACUAUGAACGCGCGGCCGUAGGGGUCCCGCCCGCCAACGACGUAUGCGACCCUCCUGUGGGGAAACCGCCGGCGGACGUGGUGCCUGACCUUGACACGAACGUCCGCGUCCACAGAUGGAAGAAGCGGGCUGCCGUGGCGACGCUGCCUGGCACCAGCGCUCUGCGCCAGACAUGGACGGACCUGAUGACCACCAGCAGCAGCAACAAUGAGAAGGAGCCGAGAGAGGUAGCGGAGGCCCCCAUCAUCGCCGCUCGUCCACUUGCAUGGGAGGAUCGAGGGUUCAUGGCGGAGACGCCCGCCACCAGCGUUUUGGCCGCAGGACCUGCCACCAAUGCACACCGCCCGUGGCCGAGGGAAUGGACAUCCGCGGCCGAGCAUCCCACCGUUGUCACCUCUCGCUCCGUGGGAUGGGAGACUCAGUCGACCGUGAUGGGCCCCCCUGCCAGAGACGCGCACGACCAAGAUAUUGAGAUGCUCACGACUGGCGCCAGCAGCUGCUGGCCGGACCCGGGUGAUGUGGCGCUAAACCUGGCCAAGAGUAGACACCGCCCUGAGUGGAGGGAGGAGGUGACCGCUGUAAUUCCACCAUCCAAGAUCACACUGCCGGCUAACAGCACGCAACUCGAGGAGGAACAGAGAGGCUUGUCGCUGGCGCCCACCACCAAAGCGCAAGAUGCUCGCUGGAUGGAGCUCAGGGCUAUGACUGCUACACCUGCUAUGGACGCGCGCCUCGCGCUGUGGGCAAGACCAGAAGCUGCCAGAAGAGGACAUGAAUCGCAACCAAAUGCCACAUCGGGAGCGCCUGCCACCGGCACGCAACGCCUCGGGCAAGGUGUACAAGCAUCAGGCAUGCGAUUGCCACCCGCUACCAACACACACGGCUCUGGUUUUCAACAGUUGGUGGCGGCUGUGGACCUUGCUGCCAACACACACGUAGAGGACCUCCCUGCCACCAGCACACAUGGCCCCAACUUGCCAAUGUUGGGGGAGACCGCCAGCCAGCACCAGGAGACGUUGAGAUCCCUGCUGGAAAGGCUUGCCACCAGUGCACGGUGCAAGAUACAGGAUGAAAAUCUGCCUGCCGUCGACACGCAAGCCCCCCAGUUGGUGGUGUCAGGUGCAAUGAUGGAACCGCCCACCGGCAAAAUUCACAGCCAUGGUUGGGAGGAGCUGUUAGCCGUGGCAGUGAAUCUUGCCAGCAGCAGCACGGCAUGCCCCGGGUCGAGAGAAUUGGCAAAAAUGCCCACGACGACGGACGAGCGCCACCAGCAAGUGGAGGAAAUGGGAUCACAAGAGUAUGAGGAAGAAGAAGCCGCCAUCGUCAUGUACGAAGAAGAUCCAGCAGCCUUAAAAUUAGCACCCGCCAUCAGCACACAGAAUCCUGGCUGGAUGGAGGACCGAGGAGCGGUGAUGGUGGCGUCAGCAUCUGCCACCGGACCUAUUCUUUGGCAAGAAGCCACCACAGCUGCGACCAGUGUCCACCAAGAAGAGCCAAGAAACACUUUGACAAAUAUUGUCACCAGUGCACGACAGGAACCCAGAGAUCUGGCGGAAGUACAUUGCACAUGUGCUCGUAGUCCAGGGUGGCUGGAGCCGGCGGCUGUCAUUGGCACUUUCAAAGAACCGCGGGAAGCUUCAUCGGAUGAACCACCUGCCAUUGCCGACACCACGAUGGCUGCUGUUGUGCAUGGCACUGCGUGGCAGGCGAACGGUGCCAUGGCAGAGUUGCCUGGCGAAGAAACUGAUGAACAAGGACCGAGGCCGCAUUCGCCUAUCGCCACCAUUCACACUGAGAGUUUGAAAGACGUAUGUCCCGACAGCACACCGUGGCAAGGGCCCGCGGGGGAACAAAGGGUUGUGGUGGAACUGCCCUCCAAAAGCACAGACCGCUAUGGCAAAGUUGAUUACAGGCCGUUAAUGCAAAUUCAGAUCGGCAAUGUCACACGUUUGCCUGUGCUAGAGGAACAGAGAGCUGUGAUACAAUCGCCCACCGCCAUUGUGCCACAGCCUGUGCCAGAGAUACGGACAACUGUGGCAAAGUUACUGGCCACCAGCAAACCAAGUGAUGAGCCAAUAGUACAGACAGCUGCAGCAGAGUUAGCUGUCAAUAUCAUUCCUUGUCCUGUGCCUGAAAAAUUGAAUUUAUCUGCCACUAUCAUGCCGAGCCAUGGGCCAGAGAAACCAGGAGCUCCAGCAGAGAAAACUUCCACCAGUACACUGAGCCAUGAACGACAGGAUCCGAAAUCUGUUGCAGAGUUAUUAACGACCAUCGCACCAAGCCAUGGGCCGGAUAAAGAGAAAUCUGUCGCUGAGUUAGCCACGACACAAACGCCAAGCCUUGGUCCACAGGAACAGAAAUGCAUUGCAGAGCCGGCCACCAACAUCACGCCAAGUCAGGGUCCGGAGAAUGACAAAUCCGUGGCACACCAGCAAGGCAUGCUGGAGCAAAGUCCCAUGUUGGAAAUGCCUGUCGGCAGCACCCUACGCAUCCCUGUGCUAAGCACGCUGGGGUCGUCGACGGAUCCGCUUAUCCACAGCAUUCUCAAGAAGAGGCCGCUGUCGGAAAUCCCCAUGGAUGGCCCCGCACGCAUCCCCGUGCUGCGCACCCCUGGCGUGACCACCAGCAGACAGCGGCAGGAGCUGAGGGUGCUGCUCGAAAGGCCCAUCAUGGGCACCAGAUUUUCGUCUGGCCUUAGGUUUGAGCACAGGGCUAUCAAGGAGGUUCCCAUCAGCAGAAUCCAUGGCUCCGACAUGAACAGUGUGGGGGAAGGCACGGUGUCGGAGUCGCAGAGCACCGGGGGAAGUUGCCAGCAUGGCUCCCUGGUGGACAAACUGCCCUCUGGCAAGCAUCCGCGUAACAUUACGAGGGUGCAACAGAGGCCCAUAAUGGAAAUAUCCAUCGGCGACAUCUACCCACAGAUGUUUGAGCGUUCCACAAGUACUAGCACUGGGAGCACCAGCACUUGCAGCACAAACAGUAUCAGCAAACAACAGCAGAAAAAGUCUGCCACCAGCGCAUGCCACCACGGGAGCGACCAGCAGGAAUCUGAGUUAGAAUUGACUGCCACCGGCAAACAGAGUAGCACCACUUCUGGUACCAGCACGAGCAGCAGCACUAUCGCCUCAACUUCUAGCAUCAGCAGCAGUAACACCAGCAGCAGCAAGCACCUGCCACAGUUGAGGACCUUGCUGGAGAAACCUGCCACGAUCUCACAUUCCCACGGAAAGGAUCAGCAGAUGUCCACAUUGGGAACACCUGCCAUUCGGAAACAGGGCUCUAGGCAUCAGAUGUUGGAGGCUGGCACCACCGCGCAUCUCUUGGGGGUGGAGGAAGUUGAGGCGCCAGUGGCAAAAUCUCCUGCCAGCAACGCGCAUGAGGAGAAGGCGAAAGCACAGGCGCCAGACCCCACCACCGACAGCACUCGAGAGCCUGGCUGGAAGGAGCAGGCAUCCACGGCAGCGGUGCCACCCUUUGCCGUCGACAGGCAGAACGGACCGAGUGCCUCCACAAGCACUCAUGCUGAGGGGCUGAGAACCGCUGUGGGAAAGCCCUCCGUUGGCGCGCAGCAGGAGCCGCCGGGCAAAGCGAAGGAAUCGCUCAACAGAAAUACGAGCCGCCCUCUGUGGGAUGAGUUGGUCGCCGUGGCGGUGAACCUUCGUGAUUCCGAACAGCAGGAGCAGGAGACCAUGUCAAGGGCGCUUGCCGUCGUCAGCAUAGGUAGCCCCGACGGGAGGGAACUGAUGGCUGCAGUCGGAGAGCCCGCCACAAACGCACGUUGUUGUGGCUUGGAGAUGCAGGGGGCUGCCAUGAAUAUGCAGCAGCAGCAACAGCAGCAGCAGCAACAGCAGCAGCAAUAUCAGCAACAGAGAGGCCUGGUGUCAGUGCAGGCACCCGCCCUGAACUUGCACAGCCCCACGUACAAAGAGGCUGCGGUGGACAUGUCUGCUAUCGGCGCAAGUCAAGGUGGCGGCGGAGGUGAAGUGGGGGCUGCUAUGGUGGAACCGACCACAAUCCCCAUUUGUCACGGCAGAGAUGGUCCGCAAGCCACGACCAGCUUCACCGCAGAUGGAGACAAGGACAUGGAGGGAUUCGUCAUCCAAAACAUGGGCUCAUCGCAGGGUACCCGCUUCCUGCUUCUCCAAACUGCGUGGCUUCACCAGAGCAUGCUACAGGACAGCACUAACCAAGACGGCUUGAACGUGGCCACGGUCAUCUCCCCACCCACCAAUGUCUGGCCACCCGUGCCAGGCAGCGUGGAAUCCACAUGCACCGCACCGCCGCCGCCGCCACCGCCACCACCACCGCCGCCACCGCCACAGCCACAGCCACCGCCAUCGGAAGCCGUCGCCAAGCAGGCCUCGGCCGCCAACAGUGACAGCGACGACGGCGGCGGCUGCGACAAGCCCCGUCUGCGCUGCGUGGAUUGCGGACGCAUGUUCCGUCGCCACGAGUGCCUGUACUUGCACAUGAAGCUGCACACGGGCGCGCCGGGCUACCCGUGCGCGGUGUGCGGCCAGGUAUAUAUGACCGAGGUGCAGGUGAACGCCCACGAGCGGCGGCGGCACUCGGCCGAGCGGCCGCACCGCUGUAGCGUGUGCGACCGUACGUACCCGGAGAGUGCCGCGCUGCGCGCCCACAUGCGGCAGCACGCGGGCGAGCGGCCGCACGUCUGCACCGUGUGCGGACGCUCCUUCACGCAGAUGAGUAACCUGCGGCGGCACCACGUGGUGCACACGGGCGAGCGGCCGCAUGUCUGCGCCGUAUGCGGGCGCUCGUUUGCGCUGCAUGAGGACGCGGUGGUUCACGAGAGGGCGCACGCCGGGCCUCGGCCGCACGUCUGCGACGAGUGCGGCCGCGGCUUCACCUAUUACUGCGAGCUCAAGAUCCACAUGCGCAAGCACACGGGCGAGAGACCGCACAAGUGCGAUGUCUGCGGCAAGGCAUUCGCGCAGCUCAGCAACUACAAGCGCCACUGCGUCAAGUGCCAGGGGAGCAGCAGUAGCCUGCAGGCGAAGGCUGCUGACGGGAACGGGGCUCGGCCAGGUGGGCUGAAGGAUCAGGAGCCUGGGGAGAAUAGAAUCGAGUCGUGGACACACGAGCUUCAGGAUGCCUAUAUUCAGCACAAAAAGGCUCGAAUGUCCGAACACGAAGAAAGUAGGCAGCAGCAACAGAGUGAGACUUGUAUAAAUGAGCCCACAAUAAGCCAGGUGGAAUCGAAUGACCCCAGGAAGAGUGAGUCGAGAGGGAACGUCCGCAAGAGGAAAAAACCCGUUAAAAAGAUCCGUCCUGAGGACAUGCCUCAGCCAAAGUGAUUUUCAGAACAAACUCUGGAAUCGAAGUAUUUUCCCCCAUUUUGUAAUCAUAGGAAAGCUAUCCUUAGUUUUUUUUUUGACACUCGAUGAACACCUCCGGACACUGUCGAUUGUCGACACCAUUUAAUGAUGCUCAACCGUAUUGUGGAGCAUGGUGGGGAUUGGUGAAGGUUAAGAGACACCCAAGAUUGAUUCAGAUAUCUCUCACUGCUGAUGUUAGCCUUAGCUGAUAUCAAACUCUGGAUAGCUGAGUUCGAUGGCCUCGGUAAGCAAGACCACUUUACCCCUGCCAAUUAAUGGGGCUUACCUUGGAAGAAGUAUUCAAAGUAUAUUCAAUUUGCGUGGAAAUGUAUUCCAUACGAUAACAACAAAAACACAGGAAUUGCUUCCCAUGGAGAGAAAACAAAUCUCUAAACCAAUAUUACGAUAACUGCAGGGAUAAGUCUACUACUGAGGCUUAAUUGAUCUCUUAAAUUGCCAUGUAUGGACGCUGUUCUGUUUAAUUUGUGUCCUGCUUUUUUAAUAUUGCCAUCAAUAACACUUCUUGUGCCACCGCUUAACUUUAAAGAACAGAAAUGACUUGCCUGAGUCAUAAAAAUUUUGCUUUUUAAAAAUGUAUUAUUAUCCAAACUUAAAAAUCCCCAUGCCGCUGACGUUUGAGAAUGUAAAUGAAUAGUGCGAUGGUAGCAGAGGCAUCGGCUGUUCCUGUAAAAAAAUUCCUGUAAAAAUGUUACGUCAACGCAUGCAACGGCCUUUGAGGAAUAUGGUGAACAUUUAGGCGUGAUACUUUGGGUUAUAAUGUUUAGUUUUAUUUUGCUAAUAAUGAAGUUUUUUUAGGUGAGAUUGCAUAAAUGUGAAUAUGUUGUAAACCCACCUUGUCACGUGAACAAAACAUACCAGUUACAGUAAAUCCACACUUCACGGUACAAUUUAAGUACCGUAACGUUUUUCUGCUUAUUCAUCAGGUGAUUACCAUAAUUGUGAAGUAGUUUUCCUGUUUCCGGUCUUAAUUACAGUCGAGUAAAGGCGAUGUCAUCACUGAGUGCCUAUCCGGUGCAAAAAACCCAGGGGGUUUGUUGACAUCACCUUACUCUAUUUAAGACUGGAAACGGGAAGACCUAAUUGAAGUAGUAACUAAUUGGCACAUUUUGUUCACGUGACAAACCUCACUAAUUGGCUGCGUCGGGUGGAUGUGGGUUUUAUAACACAUUUACACGAUCAAACCUAAAAAACUUUGAGGAAUAAUAUUGGUUUGGAAAACCAACGUGAUGUUGCAUUUUAUUUUGCCUUUUGUGAAAAUUAAUCAUUCAGCCUCACAACAAUUUAGGAAUGUGUUUUUUUUAUAACGUCAUUUUACUAAACUAUGGCCAACGCUCCCUGGAAUCAGCAUUCUAAAAAUCCACGACAUCACAGCCCUUCUUAGAAUGGCUGAUGUAGAGCAACACAGCUAUAAUUUAACAUUAAGGUGGUUGAGCCAGAUGGUUGCGUCAGGAGUAGCAGAGUGGGGUAUCGCUCUGAUGUUGCCUCCUUCAUAUUUGUGAAUCAGUCCAUUGAGUUGGCACUACGGUGGCGAGCUGUUAAAUACCUCGCCUGGUAGACAGGAGUUAGUGGGUUCGAUCCCGAUCCCGACACCUGUAUAUUUUGAGUUUCCAUGUCUCUGUCUCCCUGAGGUCGCGUGGAUUUUUAU